AUGAAUCAGGCCAGACGGAAAUUCUACGCCGAUUUUAUUGAAGAGAAUAAGGCAGAUCAGGGACAAUUAUUUAAGGCCGCCAAAAAACUUCUGGGAAAAAAAGAGGAACUAUCUUUUCCAGAUCAUUUUGAUAAAGUGUCCUUGGCCAAUGACAUCGGCAGAUUUUUUGUAAGGAAAAUUGAGAAUAUACGCUCAGACAUUAACGCGGUCCAAUUCGAUCUUGAUGUAGUACCCAAGGAUCUGGUGCUAAACGAAACUCAGACAUUCGGUGAUUUUCAGCAACUCACUGAGGAGGAUGUAACAGCGCUAGUACAAAAGUCAGGGAAAAAGUCAUGUGCACUUGAUCCCAUGCCUACCGGAUUAGUAGUCAAGUGCCUUGGAACACUUCUACCUGUAUUAACUCGCAUAAUUAAUUUAUCCCUUGCAUCUGGGAAAUUUUCUGAAGAGUGGAAGGAAGCACUUGUGGUUCCAUUGUUAAAACACCAGGGGUUGAAUCUGGAAUUCUGCAAUCUUCGCCCAAUUAGUAACCUUCAGUAUGUAUCGAAGUUGAUAGAACGAGCUGUUUUCGAGCAGAUGAAUAACCACAUGAUGCAGUUUGGACUUUAUCCUGUUUUACAAUCAGCAUAUCGCAAGGGACACAGCACGGAGACCAUUCUCCUCAAGAUACAGAAUGAUAUUCUUCUCAAUAUGGAUAAACAGAACGUAACCUUGUUGGUGUUCCUGGAUUUGAGCGCCGCGUUUGACACUGUGGACCAUGACAUCCUUAUUUCACGCUUGCAGUCUAGUUUUGGGAUUAAAGGAAAUGUCUUGAACUGGUUUUCAUCAUACCUAUCAAACAGAACACAACGCGUGACUCUUAGCGGUUGUGUUUCGGACAGUUUCUCCCUGGAACAAGGUAUUCCACAAGGUUCUUGCUUAGGACCGUUGCUAUUUACAAUAUACGCUAGUAAGUUGUUUCAGAUCAUAAAAACUCAUCUUCCGGAUGUUCACGCGUACGCAGACGACUCACAGCUAUACCUUGCAUUUAAGCCAGACAGCGAAUUGAAUCAGGAUGCGGCAGUAGAAUCAAUGGAACUUUGUGUAAAGGAUAUCAGAACGUGGAUGAUUGCUGACAAACUGAAGAUGAAUGACGAAAAAACGGAGUUUAUGAUAAUCGGAACUAAACCACAAUUAGAGAAAGUCAACAUCGAUCAUCUGAUGGUUGGUUCUUCAAGGGUGUCUCCUGUGCCUAUCGUAAAAAAUCUUGGGACGUGGUUCGACUCGAACUUAAAUUUGAGAGAACAUAUCAAUAAAACUUGUAGGGCUGCACAUUUUCAACUUCAUAACAUCAGACAUAUUCGAAAGUAUCUAUCUGACGCAGCAACAAAAACCUUAGUUCACGCGUUUAUCAUUGGGCGCAUAGACUAUUGCAACAACCUCUUGUAUGGUUUACCAUCCGUCCAUCUAAACAAACUACAGCGUGUACAGAACUCUGCUGCCAGACUAAUUUGCAAUAUUUCCAGAUACGAACAUAUAACACCUGUACUGUAUACUUUACAUUGGUUACCUGUUCAGUAUCGAGUCAAUUUUAAAGUUCUUAUUCUCGCCUUUAAGGCAAUUCACGGACUUGCUCCUGUUUAUAUAAGUGAUCUGAUAUGUAUCAGAGACAAGUCAUCUUAUAGUCUUAGAUCAAAUAAUACAGGUUUACUGCUUGCACAGCCAAGGGCUAGAUUCAAGAAAACAUUGGGAGACAGAUCAUUUACAUCUGCUGCCCCAAAACUGUGGAACAUGUUACCAUGUCACAUUAGAAAUACGGACAGUUUUAACAGUUUUAAAAAGAGUUUAAAGACACAUUUAUUUAGGUUAGCUUUUGAUAUAAAUACAUAGAUAGGUAUACUUCAAUUUUAACUAUUUUAAUACUUUAUUGUACAGCGCAUUUGAUCAUAUACAAAUGCUAAUUUGCGCUAUAUAAAUUGUAAUUAUUAUUAUUAUUAUUAUUAUAUAUGAUCCCGACACUGUCAAUUCCCACAAACUAUAAGAUAACCAUAAGUAUAUGGCAGGAGUGGCAGCAUCUGUUAUUGAGAUCAUAUUGCCAUUGCCAUUGAUUUUCAACCAUUCCAAACAUUGCCAUUGAUUAUAAAUCGCCAUGCAGGGCACUAUACUGCUUGGUUUAAAUUUAGCAUUUUGCUUUGGAAACAAAUGAGAGCAUUCGCUGCCUCGCUGAUUGUGAAAUUGGGCGAUUGGGUCACACUUCAAAAGACCUAAACACUCAAAUUCCUUUCAAAACCACAAGUAAGUAGUAAUAUAGGUACCGAUUGAUCCGGAUUUUUGAGGAGGAGGAGUGAGAAGGAGGAGUGAGGAGGAGGAGUGAGGAGGAGGAGUGAGGUGGUGGUGUGAGGUGGUGGAGUGUGGAGUGGUGGAGUGUGGGGUGGUGGAGUGUGAGGUGGAGGAGUUUGAGGUGGUGGAUGCCCACCACCUCAUUUAUAAUUAAUAUUCAUACAAAUGAGCGUGCGUAGUGACGUCUUCAUUAGUAUACAAUACGUCAUAAUUUUAUGCAAUGACGUCACGCGGGCAAGCUUAUGCAAGUAAUGACGUCACACGGCCAUGAUCGGACAAAACUUGAUAAGUAGGCACUUUUUAGCGUCCCUCCACGUGUGUGAUACAAUAGAGGGAUUAAGAUUGGCUUACUAUGAAUAGUUCGAGUCCCUCACAUGGCAAAAUUGUUAUCGAAAUUAAUACAUAGCAGAGUUAUAGCGGUAUCUUUACUCGGAAGAAAAAAAUUUCCAGAAGGAUUAUUCGUAUAUUUACAAAAUUAUAGCGAGGAAUCUAUUCGUCACAAAUAUCGAAACAUAUUUUAAAAUGAACUAAACAGUUGCUAAUCCCAGGUUAACAUGGUUGUCAACGUCGUUGUUAUGGUCAAUAUUUGCAUGUUGUUCAACAUUAUUUAGCAGAUCAUAAGAAAGCUUAUCAAGAAUACUUGAAGGAAAAAACUUUUAGAACAGUUGUGAUACAUUUUGCUAUAAAAAUAAAUAUUUUUUAUCAAAUAUGCGGUCGUUAUAUGCGUUGCUUUGUGUUGCCAGUCAUUAGCGAUGCUUGGGUGCAUGCAUAUAUUAACGAACAACAUAUUUGUACACUAAUCAGGCUGGCGGGUCGCGUGGCCGGAAAGAGCGGGCUUUGCAGGAAAAAGUUUACACAAGAUUUCAAUUUUAGAAUACAUUUAUUUCAUAUUCUUUUCUAUCUUCUGGGGAUAACUUUACUACUUGCUCGGGUUUCAUUGGAAUAUAUUUUGGUCUGUCGCUCAAUAAAAAAACGUUCGUAAUCCUCUAUCGCUUCCGGAGUCAUUCGUGCUAGGUCACGUUCGGUUCAACUUGCUGGAUCGACCCAAUUGUGGAAAAAGUUGCGCUUGAGUUUUAAUCGUUCCUCUUCUGUUGGUGGUGGCGUAAGGAAAUUAGGUUUAGGAGUAGCAGGCACUGGUGGUGCUAUCCCAACAGAUUCAUUGGGUUGUGACAUCUCUGCAGGCGCUUGUGGGAUACCAAAAGCAGAGGUUUCAGGAAUUCCAGGACAAGAAUGAGCCAUCUUAUUUUUGAAUGUCAAAAACCGGCUUAGCUAGUCAGAAUAUAAUUUGCUUUAUUCCACGGCGCUAAGCUUUGGCGCUUCCAUGAUUUUUUUCAUUCGCUGCUCGGUAUCAUACAUGGCAUUUACAAGCGGUGGUUGUACUCGAUACGACUGUUUUUGUAUAAACUUUGGAAUCGCGCCGGGAAGUAUAUUCGUCUUAAGUCGAUCUUGGUCACUUGUCGUUGGCCUUAAAUCCAACAUCAAAUACCCAUGAAGUCGGCUCGUAGCAUCUUCAUAACUCCUCAUUAAUUUCUGUACUUUCCUGGGAUUUACUUGUAUGGCAAGCAUAGAAAUUUGUUGUUUAUCUCUUGGUGACUUGAACAACACGAUAUAGUGGGCAUCAAGGCUGAUAUUUCUCAUUUCUUUGCCCUGAUGAAAUAUAUUUUGGACAAUAUAGAUGAUAGACAAAUUUCGAUGAUGACAUCCUUUUGUUUAUCCUUGCUAGAUUGUGCCAUGAGAUCGUCCAAUACAAUCAAAUUCCGCAAAGAUACGUUCAAGUAAUCUGCGUUGUCGAUAUCGUUGGGAAUGCCUUGAUUAAUCUCGAUUCCAGGCAUCACCCUCAUCAUAUCAAAAUAGGACGGUUGCCAUUGACCAUAAGACCAAAUAAUACGUUGGGGAGCAGGACUUAUAGUCGUUUGAGCAUUCUCCAAGAGAGACUUCACCCAUACGGUUUUGCCGCUUUAUGUACAUCCCGUAACGAUGCACGUAAAAGGAGGCUGCACGACUGUAACUCCGUUCACCGUAAGAGUUUGGUGUCCAAGACUACGAGUUCCAUAUGCAUGGACAACCUUCUUGUGGCGAAGGAGAUAACUCGCAUUUGCAACCGUUUUAUGGCAGAUGUCCCAUUCACAAGACAUGUUUACUUCUCAAGAGUCAGUGUAAAAUGAUUUGAAGCAAGAGUGAAGAGGUAUAUUUAUCCUGUUUGUUUUCUUGUCACGACUAUGAAGACUAUUGUCAUGACUAUAAAGACUAUAAGCAUGACUAGUAAGACUACAGGCAUGACUAUGAAGACUAGAGUCAUGACUAUUAGGACUAUGAUGAAGACUAUUAAGAAUCUAGUCAUGACUAUUAAGACUAUAGUCAUGACUAUAUUAACACUAUAGUAAAGACUAUGAAGACUAUAUCAUGACUAUGAAGACUAUAGUCAUGAUUAUUAUAAGUAAUAGCAUGGCAUUCAGGUCGAUUAGUGAUUAAAUGUACCCGAAAGCCGAGAGAGGUUUAGUAAAAGUCCCGAGGCGCGUAGCGCCGAGGGACUUUUACUAAACCUCUCGAGGCUUGAGGGACAUUUUAUCACUAAUCGACCGUAAUGCCAUGCUAUUACUUUGUAAUAUCAUAGUUGCCCAGGGAAUCGCGCGUGGUGUGUUGCCUGUUUUGAAUGCUGUUUGAUUGUCUUAUGAUUGUGGUACGAACACUUUUCAUAUAAACGCACGCGCAGAAACACAUCUCCGUGUUCAUUCGUUUUAGGCAUGCGCAUAAACGGAAUUUUCUCCCACAAUUGUAGUGUUCAAGAUUAGGGAAUAAAAGCUGGCAAAGUGAUUGUUCGAAUGUGUACGGGACGGUGCCGUCAGAUACUGUCCAUAGUUGUGCCGAUGAUUUUCGAUGAGGUACAGCUCUCCAAUCAGAGGUAAUGAGGUACGCUUUUGUCUUCUAAAUUUCCCUCAUCAAGCAUGCAGGGGAAGAUUAGAAGACAAAGAAAUCCUUUGUUUUAAACUAAAUUUACCGGGUAAAUUUAGAAGACAAAGCGUAUACAUGGGUAAUGAGGUAAAUUAGUUGGUAAUCGUACCUCGGGAGACAAAGGAUUUCGAGGCAACUAUGAUAUUAUUAAGACUAUAGUCAUGACUAUUAAGACUAUAGUCAUGAAUAUUAAGACUAUAGUAAAGACUAUGAAGACUAUAUUCAUGACUAUGCAGACUAUAGAUUAAGACUAUAGUCAUGACUAUAUGGAGACUAUAGUCAUGACAAUUAAGACUAUAGUACCAGAAGCGAAUUAUAUUCUGAGCAGCUAAGCCGGUUUUUGACAUUCAAAAAUAAGAUGGUUUAUUCCUCUCCUGGAAUUCCUGAAACCUGUGCUCAAAGUAUCCCACAAUCGCCUGCAGAAAUUUCACAACCCAAUGAAUCUGUUGAGACCACCUUACGCCACCCCCAACAGAAGAGGAACGACCGAAACUCAAGCGCAACUUUUUCCACAAUUGGGUUGAUCCAGCAGAUUGGACCGAACGUGACCUAGCACGAAUGACUCCGGAAGCGAGAGAGGAUUAUGAGUAGCAAAGUUAUCCCCGGAAGAUAGACAAGAAUAUGAGAACUAUUAAAAAUAACAAAAACACCUAGACGUUACGCUCUUAGAAGUAAACCGUACUAAAUUUUGUAAAACGUUUUAAAGAAAUAAAUGUAUUUUAAAACUGAAAUCUUGUGUAAGCUUUUGCCUGUAAAGCCCGCUCUUUCCGCCCGCGCGACCCGCCCGCCUGAUUAGUGUACAAAUAUUUUGUACGUUAAUAUAUGCAUGCACCCAAGCGUCGCUAAUGACUGGCAACACAUAUCAACGUAUAUAACGACCGCAUAUUUGACAAAAAACAUAUUUAUUUUUUUAUGACAAAAUGUAUCACAACUGUUCUAAAAGGUUUUUCCUUCAAUUAAAGUAUUCUUGAUAAGCUUUCUUAUGAUCUGCUAAAUAGUGUUGAACAACAUGCAAAUAUUGACCAUAACAACGACGUUGACAACCAUGUUAACCUGGGAUUAGCAACUGUUCAGUUCUGUUUGAAAUAUGUCUAGAUUUUUGUGACGAAUAGUUCCUCGCUAUAAUUUUGUAAACAUACGAAAAAUUCUUCUAUAUAACUGUGGAAAUUUAUCUCUUCCAAGUAAAGAUACGGCUAUAACUCUGCUAUAUAUUAACAUCGAUAACAAUUUUGCCAUGUGAGAGUCUCGAACUAUUCAUAGUAAGCCAAUCUUAAUCCCUCUAUUGUAUCACACACGUGGAGGGACGCUAAGAAAUGCCUACUCAGCAAGUUUUGUCCGAACAUGCCCGCGUGACGUUAUUACUUGCCUGAGCUUGCCCGCUUGACGUCAUUGCAUAUAAUUAUGACGUAUUUUGUACUAAUGAGUGACGUCACUACGCACGCUUAUUUGUACGUAUGAAUAAUAAUUAUAAAUGAGGUGGUGGACAUCCACCACUUCAAACUCCUUCAUCUCUCACUCCACCACCUCAUCCACCACCUCACUCCUCAUUCUCACUCCUCCCCCUGAAAAAUUCGGAUCGAUCGGUACCUAUAUUACUACUCACAUGCAUGCAGAAACAUCAAAUACCACCUCAGAUCUGGAAUGUUGUUGCAUCUGUGUUGCCAUGGUUUUACUGCUGACCUCUAUAUAAUAUGUGUACAGGCAUAUAAUCUACAACUUCAGUUGAUAUCGACAGGGAGGUUGUGUUGCCCACUAUGAACAAGUUGUCUACAACGUUGUUGCAAGUUUGUCGACAACUUGUUCAUAGUGGGAAGCACAACCUUGUUCACGCCUGUCAAUAUCAACCGGGAAGUUUGUUGGAAUGUUGGUUUUCUCAAUUUUUACGCGUGCACCGCUGUGCUUUUUAUUACAGAUUCAGAAACCAUCACAUUUGAAAGAUUAUCUGGACUUUUGAGUCCAUGACUUUAUUUUUUUAUAUUCUUUUAUAUUCAAUAUAUCACACAGGAUGUAGACGUAGCAGUUAUAAAGACUGUUCAAUUUUUCCAAGUAUAAAUCUAUUAUGGCAAAUUAUACAUUAGGAUUAUUUUAUAUAAUAACUACAGUGAAACACGCAAUUUGAUUGGUCAAUGGGCGUGCAGGAUCAGGUUAUCCUGCACGACGAAUUAAAAUGCCUUGGCGGGAUUUUUGCGGGAUUCUCAAAAUGUCAUUGUUUCAUUGUAGUUAUUAUAUAAAACAAUUACCAAAUGGUUUUCCAAGCAUGAUAGCGUGAUCCACGCACUUGGGAUGUUGCUCGACUUUCGGAAAGCGUAAAAUACACUCGCAUGCGCCUCGAGUAUUUUCACGCUUUCCGAAAGUCUCGCGACAUCCUGGUGCAUGGAUCACGCAAUCCUGCACAGAAAACCAUUUGGUAUUCCUUUAGUACUGCAUUUACGUCUCUUUCGAACUAUAUGCUUUCAGAAUCAGUUAAGUUUAUAUUAUACUCUAUAUAGUAUAUUGCUAUUUGAUGAAGCCAUAUUUUAGUAUUUAUUCAAUUAAUUUUGUGGAAGUUUGAUCGAAAACUUUAAAAUUUUACCCGGAGGAAAUUUGAACAGGUUUUGCAACUCUGACUCUUGGCAUAUUUUUUUCGGGCCCAGUUAAAAUAGAAAUCCUAUCUACGUCAGAGGGGUCUUAAAACUAGUUGCAUAAAAAAUGUGAACGUGGCGCUACUCUGCCAAUCUUUUCAUGGCAUUUUCAUUUUUCAUCCCCUAACAAUAUGUCGGAAAAAAAUAUUCUGCAAUGUAGAAUACUGACGAUGCUCACAAUGUUUCUGUGACUACUUUUUGGAUAAUAUGGCUCUGAACUUACGUUGCGAGUUCUGGAAAAAAUUGUCCCACUUAACACGUUCUUUAAACCAGGGUAGCAAUGCAAAACAUGAUUGAUCUUAUACGUCAUUGACGUGAAGUAGCAAAACGUUUUAAACUGAUAAUGUGAUAUGUCAAUCUCACAGGAGACGCCGGUGAUUCUUUGACUUUUCAUAAUGGCAUGCAGUUCACAACCAAAGACAUCGAUCACGACCUCCACGAGAAUAAUUGUGCUCAGUUAUACAAAGGAGGAUGGUGGUACAACAACUGCCAUGAAUCCAAUUUAAAUGGUUUGUAUCAUUGCGGUGGAACUCACACCUCUUAUGCUGAUGGUAUAAAUUGGUCGCACUGGAAAGGUCACCAUUACUCGAUGAAAACAGUCACGAUGAAAAUAAAAGAAGUUUAA